CCAAUAACAUUUCUCUUCACUGUAAACGGAAGUGAACAGUGACCAAGAACAAUUUCCACGUUAGCGUUUUUAUUGUUGUUAUUUAGACAUUUAUUAACGCCAUGGAGCACAAAAUAUUAUUAUUUUAACUACACAGCAUCACAUACUUACGCCAUGUAGUCUUUAAUUCGCGUUGGAGACAGGACUUGGUUGAUAUAUGUUAUAGGUAACGAUAGCUAGCUGCUAACAAUGGCUAACUGUAUGGUUUUUCACACUCAAAUAGCCUCCAUCAUGGAGGUGCUAGCGAAUGCAGCAGUGGCAGAGAUCUGUAAACUCGUAGACGAUGACUAUGCAGUGUUUCGUUUGGAAAUUUCUGAAAGCCAGAAACAGAACAGGGCAUUACGGAGGAAACUACAGCUUCAGGAACUGAAGGUGGCACGGGAGCGCGCAGACAGGACAAUGCGAGAGCGCGUCCUCGCCAGUCGACCCAACAGUGUUAAGAUCCUCGACCAAUACAGAGGAAUGGCAAGAGGUGGCGGACAUCUCACUGGAGGCCAAAUCAAUUUUGUGAAGCCAGUGGGACACAAUGCAUGGAGAGAUGACCAACCAAUCACUGUUGAUGAGGGGAGUGGAACUUCAACCCAGCAAGUUAUCAUGAUAGAGGAUGCAGAUGCUGCAGGUCCUGGGGUCAAGCUGGAGAGGUCUGAAGGAGAGGAGGACCCGCGGCACAGCAGAGACAUCCAGACUGGAGCAGCGGCUGGAGUGGCGCCCCCUGUAGCCACGGAGGACCCCACCACCGCCCCAGCGCAGCCCAGGACCCGAUGCAGCAUCACGGAGGAGGAGGGUCCAGAGAUGGUGCUGGUGAAGGAGGAGGGUCAGUAG